AUGCUUCGAGCGGUUGGCCUCGCGCAGCGCAUGGUGCGCCCAUCGCUGGCGCGCUACAUGAGCUCGACGGCGGGCAAGGUCAUCCAGUGCAAGGCUGCGGUGGCAUGGAAGCCCAACCAGCCCCUCUCGAUCGAGACGGUCGACGUGGCGCCGCCCAAGGCCGGCGAAAUCCGCGUCAAGGUCAUCGCCAACGCGCUCUGCCACACGGAUCUGUACACGCUGUCGGGCGAAGAUCCCGAGGGCCUCUUCCCGUGCAUCUUGGGCCACGAGGCUGGCGCCAUUGUCGAGAGCGUCGGGCCUGGUGUGACGUCGGUCAAGCCGGGCGACCAUGUCAUCCCGUGCUACACGCCCGAGUGCCAAAAGUCGGAUUGCAUCUUUUGCGAGUCGCCCAAGACCAACUUGUGCCCCGAGAUCCGGGGCACGCAGGGCAAGGGCGUCAUGCCCGAUGGCACGUCGCGCUUCUCGAUCAACGGCGAGCCAAUUUACCACUUUAUGGGGUGCUCGACCUUCUCCGAGUACUCUGUGAUUGCAGAGAUCUCGGCAGCCAAGAUCGACCCGACGGCGCCACUCGACAAGAUGUGUCUCUUUGGCUGCGGCGUCUCGACAGGCUUUGGUGCUGUCUUCAACACGACCAAGGUCCAUCCCGGGAGCUCGGUCGCCGUCUUUGGCCUUGGUGCCGUCGGCUUGGCCGUCAUCCAAGCGGCCAAGAUUGCAGGCGCCACGCGCAUCUUUGCCAUUGACCCGAACCCGUCCAAGUUUGAGAUGGCGACGUCGCUUGGCGCUACCGACUGCCUCGAUCCCACGGCGCUCGACGAGCCGAUUCAAAACGUCUUGGUCCAAAAGACCAAGUGGGGCAUCGACUACACGUACGACUGCACGGGCAACGUCGAGGUCAUGCGGGCGGCGCUGGAAGCAUCGCAUCGCGGCUGGGGGCAGAGCUGUGUCAUUGGCGUCGCGUCGGCCGGCCACGAGCUCCAGACGCGGCCGUUCCAGCUCAUCACGGGGCGCACGUGGAAGGGCACGGCAUUUGGCGGCUACAAGAGCCGGAGCCAAGUGCCCAAGCUUGUCGAGCAGUCGAUGGCCGGCGAGCUGCCCAUUGAUCACUUUAUCACGCACACGUUCCAGGGCGUCGACACGAUCAACGACGCGAUCAAGGCGCUCAAGAGCGGCAACUGCCUCCGCGCGGUCGUCACGUACUAG